AUGCAGCAAGGGGAUCUGCACGCAUUGUUCCAGCAGAACCAGUACCCAAGCAUCGCCACCAGAGAACGACUGGCCUGAGACCUAGACAUUCCAGAAUCCAGAAUCCAGGUGUGGUUCCAGAUCCAGUGCACGAGACAGCUAAGGCAGAGCCGAUUGGGGUCUGCCAAAUCCCAAGGGCAAGGGCCAACACAUGGACAGGAACAGCCUCCCUCUUGGACUCAAGAAUAUUUCACAAAGGAUGUCAGGAGAAAACGGACAUCCAUUUCUCUAUCCCAAACCAGUAUCCUCCUUCAAUCCUUUGAGAAGAACCGCUUUCCAAGCAUUGCUACCAGGGAACACCUGGCCAGCCUCACAGGUCUUCCGGAAUCCCGCAUUCAGGUCUGGUUCCGGAACAGAAGAGCUGGGCACCCAGGGCAGAGCAGAAGUGGCCCCAUGAAGGACAGGGAAGCACACCCCAAACCCAGUCCUCAUGUGACAGUCCCAGUGGAACCAGGCCUCCUGGCCAGUGUCCCU